CUUUGUUUCCUCUGAAUGAAUCGAUGCAAAACAAACAUUUCAAAACAAAUGUGUCAGUUAACUUUGAAACAAGCAGGUAGUACAAGUAAUUAAUUACCGUUUGACUAGCAUUUUCAAACAUUUUUAUAAUGUCGCUGUUUUAUUAUUUUACCAACUAAAUUGAAUAAUUGGGGAGAAGAGUGCUGAAAACUCUUCUUCGAACGCGCAAUUAGAAUAUUAAAAAUGGAAAGAAGUCUUUUUCUUCGGUUUGUUGUAUCAAUAUUGCUGUUGAGUUUGCUAUCAAGUUCUGCUAAGAAAUGCAAAUCCAACUCCAAGAGACCGAACAUAGUGGUUAUCAUGGCAGAUGAUUUGGGAUGGGAUGAUGUCAGUUUUCAUGGCUCGAACCAAAUUCCAACUCCGAAUAUUGAUAAACUAGCAAACGAGGGAGUGAUUUUGAACAGUCACUAUGUCUCACCAACAGGGACACCCACUAGGGCUGCACUUCUCACUGGAAAACACCCGAUUAAAUUAGGUCUUCAGCAUGGGUCCAUAUUCAGCACUCAACCAUAUGGCUUGCCUCUGGAGGAAAUAAUACUUCCACAGUAUCUUAAACCACUUGGUUACGUUACUCAUGGUGUAGGAAAGUGGCAUCUUGGGUUUUUCAAAAAGCAAUACACGCCGGAGAAGCGAGGAUUUCACACAUUUUUUGGCUUUUAUAACGGUCAAGAAGACUAUUGGAACCAUAGAGUCCAUCAAGAGUAUUCUGGAUUAGAUUUAAGACGAAAUGGCAAGAUAGUUGAAAAUCAAAAAGGUCAUUAUGCUACAGACAUGUUCACAAAAGAAACUAUUCAUAUCAUAGAGAAGCACGAUACAGAAAAACCGUUAUUUAUAUACCUUGCACAUCAAGCUGUUCACACAGGAAAUCCUGAAGAUCCAUUGCAAGCUCCAAAUAAACUUAUCAAGAACUUCAUGCACAUUCCAAACAAAGAACGAAGGACGUAUGCAGCAAUGGUCAGUUCACUGGAUGAAUCCAUCGGCGAGGUAACCAAAGCAUUGAAGAAGAAGAAAAUAUACGACAACACCAUUAUCGUGUUUGUCACGGAUAACGGAGGGGCGCCAAACGGAAUGGAAAGAAAUUGGGGCUGCAACUAUCCCCUUCGAGGAGGCAAACAUACACUAUGGGAGGGAGGUGUGCGUGGUCUAGCGUUCGUACACAGUCCCCUCUUGAUUGACAACAAACGAGUUAGUGAAGAAGUUAUGCACGUUACUGACUGGUUACCAACUCUCUACCACGCGGCCGGCGGAGACUUGGAUAAUUUCAAGGUUAAAGUGGAUGGAUACAAUAUGUGGGAUAUGAUAUCAUUUAGUAAGCCUUCCCCCCGGAAAGAAGUGCUCCACAAUAUAGAUCCAGUCACUAAAACUGCUGCAAUCCGGAUGGGGGAAUACAAGUUGAUCGUGAAUCAAAAUAUGAAUUACUAUUCAUCGUGGUUUACCAGGUAAAGUUUUCAUAC